AUGAUCGCCCUUCUCGCGCGGGUCGCCGUGAUCCUGUGCGUCGCCACCCCACGCGCCGCCGCAACGGAGACGUGGGAGCAGCGGCUCAGGCGCGAGAGCAUCAAGGUGGACGGCGACGAGGUCACCACGAUGAGCGUCGAGGCGCUUCAGGCGCACAUCGCGCGUCACGCGCUGGACCAGGAACCGCGGGAGAUGUCGGGACCGUGGGUCGACGAUCCCGCGGCGAACGACGAGGACGCGAAGAUGAUGCUGGACGUGGACGACGCGGCGACAACGACGUCCUCGCGCGGCCCAGCGCCCGUCCCGGCGUCGAGAUGCGCCCCGCCCGGCGCCAACCAACUCGUCAAGCGCGGUUGGCAGUACAACGCCUGGAAGUAUUAUCCCGCGCCGAUCGACGUCGCGACCGCGCCCGUGUAUUACAGCGUCGGCGUCGGACGCGACCUUACGUUCGACGCGGCGCUGCUGAGGGCGCAUCCCAACCUGGAGGCGCACGCCUUCGACAACACCCCGGUGGCUUCGCAGUUCGUCAAGGCGCUGGGGCGAGCGGGCGGCGUGCCGACGCGGUGGCGCUGGCACGAGCUGCUCCUCAGUAGUAGGGACCUGCGGGAGAUCGAGGUGGCGCUGCCCAAGGGCAGGAGCGACUCCUUCACGCCCGCGUCCACAGACGGCGUCUACCACGACCUCGGCGGGAAGGGCGGGCAAACGCGGCGGGUCAUCGGCGUCAACGAACGAGCCGACGGGCGCGCCAAAAAACUCCCAGCCCGGCCGCUGUGGCGCGUGAUGGAGACUCUGUCGCACGCGUACGUGGACGUGCUGAAGGUGGACGUCGAGGGCGCGGAGUUCGACGUCGUGGACGCGUGGGAGGCGUACUACGGCGACCGCGGUCCGCCCGCGUGUCAGCUGCUGUUCGAGUGGCACGAGCGAUUCUACCCCAACGGGGGGGGACACGCUUCGGCGGACAAAAAAAGUCAGACGACGAGCGGACGAGGGCUUCGCGAGGGCGCGGAGGCUGCGCUCAGCCGCAUGGGGUUCAAAAAGGUGGACUGCGACGGGUCGGAGUGCGUGUACUGGAACUGCAACCGCUGCCCGUCGCUGGAGAACUAGUAG